UCGUAGUUCUGGGCCGGUGAUGGAAGCGUGUUUACAUGGUUCGCUGUUUGUGUUUAUAGUGUAGUAAUAUAGGGCAGGAAAAUGAAACUUGAAGUUUAUAACGAAAUAAUUAGUAUUAUAAGGGAGUAUGAUGGGGCUAAGGUAUGCCCGUGGCGGGAAGUGGAUUCUAUUCUUAAACAACGAUUUCCAGAUGUUUCAGCUGACACAUUGGGUAGCAUUUAUUCCCUUGAAUACCAAAAGAAGAUGAAGAAAAACCAUCAGAAAUUCAGUAAGACUGCAGAAAAAUUAUAUAAAAAGUACCAGAAAGAAGCAGAUUCUGGAGAGAAGCCAGGAAUUCUCCUCCGCCUUGCUGACAGUAUUGAUCUGUCUCCAGCAUUACUUGCACGUAUAAUUUUAGAACAACAUCAAGAACAAGGGUCAGAUGAAGAAGAAGCUUCGAAGAAUACAAUCACAAAACUGAUGAGGGAUACUACAUUAAUAAAAAACAAGGACCUAGCAUAUGAAGUAUAUUUGUGCGUAAUCCAUGAUGACCAGUAUGGACCUGUCACAGACUGCAUUAAACACUCCAUUGGGCAAGAAUAUGAGCUACGUUUGCAAAGAAUGGUAAGAAAUGCUAACAUACCAUUCAAGGAUGAAGAGCAGCUGCGAACAUGUGGUUAUGACAAGACACCAGAUGUUAAGCUGGAGUUGCCUGUGGCGGUAGAUGGCUUUGUAGUAAACUGGAUAGAAAGUAAAGCACUCUUUGGUGAUGAAGCAAACCACAAAACAUAUAUAAAGGAACAGUAUCUUAGUUACUGGAACAGAUUUGGCCCUGGACUUGUCAUUUAUUGGCUUGGCUUUGUUGAUGCACUGGAGUACAUCAGUGAAAAGAGAUUCAUCAUACGUGACACAUUUCCAAACAAUAUUACAUUAAUGGAUCCGAAGAGCAUAUAGCUGCUUGCACUAGAUUUGAAUUAUUUCAACAUAUCAUGCAUCAACAUUCUCUUACGACCAAGUAGACCAAAGAUUGCUUCUCAGUGAAACUUGUUGUACAGUAUGGAGCAUAUGAAGGAAGAGGUUGCAAGAUCUUGAUCUGGUUGCGUCAUCGAGUUUGAACUGGUUAUGCCACUUAAGAUUUUGGCACAGCACAUGAAGAAGCAAACUUUGUAUCCUACAUUUUCCAAGUCAGAGUAACUCACUACAAAAUGAGUCAGUUAUGACAUUUCAUUCUGCCAACUGAAAAUUUUAAACCAUAACAUGGAAAUAAGCAGAUAUUUGUUAAUAUAUUGUUAAUUCCUAAAGAGUUUUAAAAAAUUUCUUUCAUUUGUUUACAUCAUUUUCAGUUUUAUUUUUCAUAGCUCUAACCGUGGACAUUUCUUUCAGUAAUUCAGUUUUAUGUUAGAUCAUUUCUUGUAGUUAUUCUGACAUGGUAUUGGUAGCAGUUGUAAGAAAUUGGUUGAGUAUUGUGAACUUAGUGCCAGUGUCAAAAAAAUAAGUGAUUAAUAAAUACAAGGCCAAA